UACUGUACAAUCAUUGCGGGACACCUAUAUAGUAAAUACAUAUCUUGCAGUUACCAUAGUAACCGGGUGGCAUCUAUCACAACAAACAACAUUACAAUUUUAUUGUCAAAGUCAAACAUUUUUGCUUGUAAUUUCAAGAUAUAUUUUCUCGAUGACUGAAGAAGUUAAAGAUUCAGUGAUACAAAAAACGCAAAAAGUUUUAGGAAAACAUAUCACAAAACCGAGCUUGACGCCAAAGUUGUUAAAAAAACCUCCGUUUCGGUUCUUACAUGAUAUCGUUACGUCUGUAAUAAAAGAAACUGCGUUUUUAAAAGGAGUAUUUAAUGAGGAGGAGAUGGUUUCUGAGAAUGUUAAAGAAAGGGAGGCGAAAAUUGCGUUUUUAACGAAAUUAACUAACGCCUUAGUUGCAAUCAGCGGGAAUGAAAUUGAUGUUAAGCCAGGAAAAAUCGUAGCUGGAUUAGAGCCGACGAAAACUAAUAAGUUAUUACAACUUUUAGGAAAUUGUUUAGAUAAAAAACUUAAUAGUUCUGAAUAUGUAGCUAAACUCAACUCUGAAUCUAAAGUAGAAAAGAAAAAAAUUGUUGAGAGAACGAAAACAUCUAAAGAUUCAGUUGACUCAAGUAGAAAAACUGAAAAAACCUCAAAAUCAUUAAAACCAAAAGAUAAAGUUUCGAAAAUAAGCACCGAUUCUAUUAGAAAAGAAAUUAAAACCAAAAUUAAUCAAAAAGAUAAACCCAAAAAAGUAGUGAAAACAAAAGAAGAGGUUGAGGUUAUUCCAAAAAGUAAUUCUGCAACGAAAAUAAAUACACCCUCAAAUUCUGAAAUUAUUUUAGAUCAAAAAGUUGAUAUAAACGCAGAAAUUUUCGAUGAACCUAAAGAAGUAAGUUUAGAAAAUCAAAUUAUUAUUGAUGACGUCAAAGAACCAGAUCAACCCAAAUCAGAAACGCCAAUUCCACGUGAAUCAACUGCUAAAAUAAGACCAAAAUCGGCAAGAAUUCAACCAGCAAUUAUACAAAGCACAAAAAAUGAAUCAAAAGAAUUAAACCCACCACAUUCAACAACAAAUCUUUUAAGACCACCUACUGUACGACCUAUGAGUUCUCGCCCGGGAGCUCCACGUUUAAGACCGGAAUCUGCACUACCAACAGAUCAAAUUAUUCCAUUAGGAAAUAUAAAUUUAAUUGUUGAGAAUUUUAGUAAUCAAGAUGAAGAAGAAACUGUAGUGAUUCAAAGUGUUCAACUUCCUGAGGAUCAACCAUCAGUUGAAGAUGUUUUAAAUAUUCCUCAAGAUAAAGGGCAUUUAGUUGAACAAAUUUUAGAGCAAAUUAAUGACGUAAAUGAUUUAGAACUGAAAAAUAAUAAAGAUGAAGAAAAAGAUUUAAUAUUAAAUACUCAUAGUAGGGAUGCAACCCAAAAAGAGAUUCAUCAAUUACAAAAUUUGGUACAAACUUUAACGAAAGUUGCUAAUCCUUUAGGAAAGUUGAUGACUUAUCUAUAUGAGGAUUUGGAUGGGAUGCAUUCGGAAUUAAUGAUGUGGAUAAAUAUGAAAAAACAAGCGUAUGCUGAAAUAAAAAAACAAAAGGAACAACAUAACGCUUCUAAUGCGGCCUUAAAACAACAAUUAGAAGAUGUUGAAGAAAAUAUUAAAAAGAUUGAGUUUGAAAUUGCAUACGUACAAUCGAAUAUUUUAAAAAACGAUCACCGUAUCAAACAAUUACUAACCAGAUAAAAAAUUAUUACACCUUUAAAAUUACGUUUUUUUUUAUUAUUUUUCCACACAUUAUAAAAAAUUAGAUCCACAUGUAUCGUAGAUGCGGCUAGUUUUUAUUUAGGAGAACAAUGUUGACUUAGAAAAUAUUCAAUAACAUUAUAUCCUUUUUUUUAAGAGGAAGAAUUUAUUUUUAAUAGUAACUUAAUAAAUUGAAACACAAAAAUUA